CUUACAGCAGAAAUCGAUGAUCUGACGGCGGAACUUGAGGAGCGGGACAGGACAAUCGGGAAGCUGACGGCGGAGCUAGGCGAAUGCGACGCAAAGCUCAAGGAACGCGACAGAAAAAUCACCAAGCUCGCGGCAGAAACCCGCAGACUCACGGCGCUGCUCGGGGAUCGUGACUCCAAGCUCCGACAGGUGACAGCGGAGCUCGCCAAGUGCGACGCCACCAUCAGAAUUUUCACCGUGGAGCUGGGCGAGCGGCAUACCAGGAUUGGGCAGCUGACCGCCGACGUUGGGGACUGCGACCGCCAGCUCCGGCAACGCGCGGCCGAGCUGGAGGAACGGGACAUGAGGAUCAGGGAAAACGAAGCGGAAAUCCGGCGCCUCUCAGAGCUACUGGAGGAGCGCGAGUCAGAAAUCCAGGAAUUAAAGGCUCGGGAAGCGGCCGCUGAACCUCCCGAGGAGCUCGGUAAUUCCUGGUUUUCCUUGGAUUCAGAAGAGGAGCACAAUCCCACACAAGGUGGAUUCCCUCCUGAACUCGACGACGUCGCUGCAGCACUGGGGGAACGCGAUAAAAAAAUCGAGGAAAUCACGGAAGAGCUUGCGGAUCGGGAUGCCCAAAUUGGGGAACUCGCUGCGGAGCUGGAAGCGCGCGACGCCCGGAUCGACGAACUCUCCACAGCAAUGGCCAAACGUGAGCGGAGGAUGGGUGAGUGCCGGGCGCUCCAGGGCUCCGGGUGGGAUUCCCCCACAGCGAUCCCAACGCAUCCAUCCUUUCUCCUGGCAGAGGUGCUGGUGGCCGAGCUGGAGGAGCACAGAGCCCGACUGCGGAAAUGCAUCGCCGAGCACCCGAAAGAGGAAGAAAAAAUGGCGAACGUGACACUGGACCCAGAGACAGCCCACCCGCGCCUCAUCCUCUCCCAGGACCAGAAGAGUGUGAGAUGGGAAUAUAUCCUGCAGGAGCCUCCCAGCAACCCCGAGCGGUUUGACGCUGAUCCUUGCGUGCUGGGUUGCGAAGCCUUCACCUCCGGGCGCCACUGCUGGGUGGUGGACCUUGCAGAGGGACAGUUCUGCGCCGUCGGAGUCAGCAAAGAGUCUCUGCGGAGGAAGGGAUCCAUCAGCUUUAAUCCCGAGGAGGGGAUCUGGGCGGUGCAGCAAUGGGGAUUCAAGAACCGCGCCCUCACUGACCCUCCAACCCUCCUGGACCUCCCACGCGUCCCCAGAAGGAUCCGGAUCUGUCUUGACUACGACUGGGGAGAGGUGGCGUUCUUUGACUUUGACAACAAAACACCCAUUUUCACUUUUCCUCCGGCUUCCUUUGCCGGGGAGCGGAUCCGGCCGUGGUUCUGGGUGGAGCUGGGCGCGCUCUCUCUGGUCCGAUGACCUUUUGUGUUGCUCUUCGUGCAGCGAGCUCAGCACCAGCAGCGAGCGGGUGGCUUGAGGGCCAGGAGGAGUGGUUGAAGCACCUUACUCCAUCCAGACGCCAACAGCCAGGUGGUUAAGAGCAGCAGGAUAGAGACCAGGAUAAGGAAUGCUAACCGGAAGAACAGCAUCAAACCUCAUUUUGGAGGUGUUCAAGGCCAGGAUGGAUGGGGCUUGGAGCAGCCUGAUCCAGUGGGAGGUGUCCCCGCCCAUGGCAAGGGCUUUGAGAUCCCUUCCAACCCAAACCAUUCCAUGAUUCAUUCUUCCCCGUUCCCAAUCGAGUGCUCUAACUGUCAUCGUGUGAAGGAAAACCAGGCCCUCCUGCAUCUUCUGGUGGAUGGAAGGUCUGCCCAGCCUCAACCCUGGGCCCAACAUCUCAUAGUUGCAGUUCCAGCAAACAUCAAACGACCUGCAGAGACGCAGGCUCCUCCUUUGGUUGAUGGGAAGAGUUGGGCACCGGGGUGAGUCGACGCUUGCAUCGCCCAAAUGAGAGUCCAGGCUCCCACCAGCAUUUUCUUCUUCUCGGUUAGUGGUUGACGUGUAGAGUUCAACCAUUCAAGCCACAUUUAGAGUAGGUAAAGGGAAAUCAACACUUCUAGUGGACAACUCUUCUCAUCCAGUCAUGGAUGUCAAAAUGGGACAGGUCAAUCCCGUGCCUCUCUCCAUCAACUGUUGGAGAAGACUACACGUGGAAGAGAUUAAGCAACUCCUCUUCACGCAACCUGUGUACACAUUAAGGCCCUUGACCAAGGGAUGUGGCCAACCCUCUGUGAUUGUCUGCAGAGCUCCAAGGCGCCUGCUCGAUGCCGUCAUCUUUGUGCACAGGUUUCUUCUCAACUGCUCCAGCCUCCAUGGUGCUGGUCAGGGCGUUGCUCCUGUGGUCCUUCAUACCAGAGCCAGACACGGUGGUGUCUUCUAGCAGGACUAAAUCCAACUCGGAUCUGCCGUGGGAUGAUGAUCUCAUUCCAGCUGGCUUAGCCAGAGUCUAUGAGUUUAGCUCAGACUUUGGGAGAAGAGAGAAACCUGGAGUCAAGACAAAGCAGGCGUGAUGCCCUGAGGUGAAACCCGGGCUGCAAACCUGAGGGGAUGGACACCAUGGUCUUCACCUUCCACUGCAGUUUCACAGCACCGAUGAAUUCCGCUUUAACCCCUGCUCGCUCUUAGCCACCUGUAAAGCCUGGAACCUUGUCUUCUGCCCCACCCUGGAAUGGCCAACAGGUGUUUCCCAGCUGACAAUAAACCAUGUGAGGUUCUCCAGAGUCCAUUUGAUUUCUUUUUUCCAGCUGGUCCAACCUGGGCCCAUCCUGGCCCUCUCAGAUGAUGCCUUCAGCCUGUACCAUCUCUCCUUGCAGACUCUUGACCCUCCGGAGAACAGGGAACCUUUGAGGUGGAUCCCACCAGGGACAGAUGCUCUCACCUCCCACCUGUGAGCAACAUCGACGUUAUCUCAGGGUCUCAGCCCUGUGGGUUUGGGCUUCCUUCCUGGAAGGUGUCCCUGCCCAUGGCAGUAAGGUUGGAACUGGAUGAUCUUGAACAUCCCUUCCCAAACUAUCCCAUGAUUCUGAUUCCUGCAGUUUGUCAGGCCAGAAACCUUCAUUAUUGCAACCCACGGUGGUGGUGGCAUGGGUGUAGGGCAGACAGGAGAAGAUCCAAGCGGUGCGAAGAGGCAGAAGGGGGACAGAUCAUUCAUGUCUGAGGGCUUUGAGAUGAUGACAUGUUAAAGGUUAAGGUCCCUUCCAACUCAAACCAUUCCAUGAUCCACGAUCUAAGAAAGCGCACUUCCUCUAGCGGCUCAAACACCCUCAUCCCUCCUUGCUUUGUAACAGAAGACAGAAAUUGGGGUGAAAACAGUAUAAUAAAUAAUAAUAAAUCCUCUUUUCUAAGUAACCAUCGAUAUGGCAACCAUCCCAGAGGAGAAACCACCCCUUCUCCCUGCUGUAAAUCUCACUCCAUGGCUUCAAAGCCCAACUUUGCAAAGCCGUUAAUUAAAAAUAGCAGUCAAGGUGGUCCCAUGAUUCCACACAUGAAAGAGGCUGGACAGGAGAUGGAAAAGCCAACUCGCUCGUUAUUUAAAGCACUGGCAUAAGCGCUGCGCUUAUUUUGUCCUGCGGUGAUGGCCAAGGUUGGGUGGUGGGUGCUCCAGAGGUGGCUGUGUCGGAUGGGCCUUUGUUGGGUGGUGGCCAAUGCCCCACCGUGCCCAGUCGCCAAACCUAUAGCUGAAAAUGACGAAGGAUCCUAAAUCCAAGCUUUAUCUUGGAUCAUAAAUCCAAGCUGGGGACACUGAUCCACAGAAGGAGGUGGACAAGUCUGGCCCGGCUGGGAGGCGCCAGGCGGCACAUUCCUCUCCGUGUUUCCUUAAAUAGGGCUGAUCUCUCGCCUCUGUCCUCCGUGCGAUCCGAGCCCGCGCUCCAGCAGCCCUGCGGAGGCUGGAGAGGAGCCACCGAGACUUUGUGCUGCUGCCUAACGGGCAGUGAGGGGAUGAGGAACUGGAGAAGCUGCUGCCAUGGC